GAGAGUGGAACGGGAGCGCGCUUUCCGCGUCUGCUUUAGUGGACUGACAGCCAGCUGUGCUGGAUUUCUCCUCAGACAUACUAGAUUUGCGCGUCGCUUCUUGCUUAUCGAUCACAGUCGAUCACACGGUCGCUGGGGUUGUUUUUUCCACCGAGAGUACUCUGAAAGACGAGCGUUUUUGUCCAACAUGAACCCGCUGUGUGGCAGAUGCAACCAGGUCGUUUACCCCACGGAAAAAGUGAAUUGCCUGGACAAGAUCUGGCAUAAAGGAUGCUUCAGCUGCGACUACUGCAAAAUGACUCUAAACAUGAAGAAUUACAAAGGUUUCGACAAGAAACCAUACUGCAAUGCACACUAUCCCAAGACAAACUUCACCUGUGUGGCUGACACUCCAGAGAAUCUCCGCCUGAAACAGCAGAGCAAGAUGCAAAGCCAGGUUCUCUACAGGGAGGAUUUUGAGAAGAAUAAAGGCAAAGGUUUCAGCGUGGUUGCAGACACGCCAGAGAUGAUGAGAAUUAAGAAAACACAGGACCAAAUCAGCAAUAUUAAGUACCAUGAGGUUUUUGAGAAGAAGAAGUUUGGAGGAGAAGCCCCACAUCAGCCGAGCGACUCCAACCAAGGAGCUUACCAGCAGCCUGCAGCCUCCCAGAACUACCACUAUGAGCCCGCUCCUGAACCAGUGCACCAGGCAGCUGCUGCUCCACCUCCAAGUGCUGGGAAGCGAUACCGGGCUGUGUACGACUACUCUGCUGCUGACGAGGAUGAGGUGUCCUUCAGUGAUGGAGACAUGAUCGUAGACGUGCAGCAGAUUGACGAGGGUUGGAUGUACGGGCGUGUGGAGCGCACCGGCCAGCAGGGCAUGCUGCCUGCUAACUACGUGGAGGCCAUCUGAGCUGGUGGGAAGGAAAAGAUGGAGGAGUUGGAGAGAAAGGGAGGGAAAGAAGGAAAAGAAAAGCCCAGUGCCAUCUCAACUUAACGCCGCUUCUCUUAAUUUUUCUCUUUUUUUUCCCCCUGAUCUGUCCUGUGAGACCCCAAAUCCUGUCCCCACCUGCAUCCCUGCUCUGCUCUCACGGUUAACCAACCACAUCCUUUAUCUGUCCUGUCUGCUUCUCCCUACAUCUGUCAGUGUUGAUGUCUCUUUUUCUUCUGUCUGUCUGCCACCCUGGCUACACUCUCGUGUAAUUGGCAACUAAAGGUCUUAAGAGCGACAAACUUGCAGCUCAUGACAGUAAUUCAGGUUCAUGCCGUCGCUCCGCUCUAUCCUAGCUACAGCACUUAAUAAUCAUGUUGCAUCAUCGUGCAGAAGUAAAGAAGGAAAAACACAUCCUCUAAAGUAAAUUUGCAGACACUGUUCUGUUUCUUUCUUUAAUUUUGCAUCUUGAUCUCGGCCAGACUGGAAACAGUGCUGAAUCUCAGUCAAACACAAGUUUGAAUACUUUAUUUUAUUUUUUUAAAUCAUGUACAUUCCUUUAACACGACUCUGUUGCACCAAUCAACCACUUUUCAGUUGGAAAAGAUCUUUUUAUAUAUAUAUACACAUAUAUAUAUAAAAAUCAAUCGAAACUCAUCUCACAAUUGUCUGCACAAGUAGGCACAGUCGUGUUCAGCACUGCAUUGUGGGUAUUGUUGUGAAACUGGAAUUGUAGCCUAACUGAAGAGCACCUCCUGUCAUUGCCUCAUCCAGGCCUCUUGGAUACAGGAGGGAUCAGGGACAAGUUAGGGGACAUGAUCAGUCUAUCCCUUGGAGCCACAUUGAUUACACCGCUGCAGUCUGUGUGCUUGUACUGUGUAUACGCCCAUAUUUAUGUUUUUGCAGCCUGACUGCCUUCGGUCCGGAGAGAAUCACAGAGAAAAUGGCAAUCUAGAUUAAGCUUUUAGGUAAAAGGGAGAGCGGACCCGAUAAAAGUUCUUCCCCUUUACCUAAAAAGCAAAAAAAAAAAGUGACGAAAAAAGAAUCUUGGUUAUGAAAGAGAAGGCCAAGCACAACUCUUAAUUGUGAGUCUUAUUUUAAAAUCAUUCCCCUGUAUUUGUGACAGAACAUUCCAGUCUUUUCUUCCAUUUAAUGUGAGACAAAUUGUUGAACUGUUGCUGUGGUAAAUGUUUAUCUCAUGCUGUUCUUUCUUUACUUUCCUUGUUAUUAUAAGAUGAUUAUUUUCAACAAAAAUAAAAACUGUCAGUGUACUACUCAAAUAAAGCAAUGAAAUCUAUUUUCUGGACCAAGAAAGCAGAAUUUAUGUAAAACCCAUGCAGUCAAGGUGAUGGAUCAAUUAAGGGAUUAAUCAGCUUGCAGUUUUAGGUCAGAACUGCGUUAACGAGACCUGUUGAAGCCUGGUUCUAAUCAGUGGAUCUCUUUUAUGUUUAUUCUUCGGCUUUAGGCAGUAAUGUUACAGAACUGUGUUUAAAGAUGCUCUAUAAUAUUGACUGUGUUUCCUUCUUCGGUGGUCCAUCUUGGCAGGUGAAUUCCCAACAUAGUCAGCUGUUUUUUGAUGUUCAGCUUGUAAACUAAUUGGUAAAACCUGCACUGACCAAACGCGAGCAGCAUUUAAAGUUAAAAUCAAACGCUUGGUUCACCAACGCAGAGUUUUCCCUCUGAAGACGUUGACUGACGACAAUAUUCGUUCAUCCCUGUGUGGUGUAAAUAACGUCGCCGGCCCCCGACCCCACACACACACACAUUUUUGUUGCCUUCUCAUUUUCCCGUGACGCAUCGUCACAGACAUCAAUAAAGCGGUGGGUUUUAGGUGGUCGUGGGGGGUCAGAAAUGUUCAGCUUUCCGAUAUGAAACGAUGCUCCCGCCGUGUAGUUGACUCACUUUGUAUAAUUGUAUAUGCAUGGACCUUAGGGUUGGAGAGAAGGUUUCGACAAGUCCUGGUGCUUGGGAGGUGGCUUGCCUGCAGGUGAAGUGAAAGGUUCACAUCUUUGUGUGAAGCGGAGGAAGUAAUGUAAUUUUCUUUAAAAGUUGAAUCAUGGAAAAGUGCAGUUUGGUGCAAGUCGUCAGUUGUUGACUAUACUUAAGACUUUGUAACUCUCUGUGAUGAAUUGCAGCAUUUCUGAUUUAAAAACUGAGCACUGAGUCAGGAAAAAAACAAACAUCUCAAGCUUGUUUCUAAGUUUCCACUCACACUGAGCAGAACAGCAUUUGUGCCUGUGUUUUGUUUGUUUUAGCGACUUUGACAGAAGCAUAUUUAAAAUUUUCUUUAAAGUAGGAUGUAGAUUGGAAAGCUUAUUCAAAGCACAUGGUUGUAUUUCUUUUUGAAUAACCUGAAUAGUUAGUGAUUUGGCUAAGAGUGAAAUGAUUCCUAAACUUGUGGUGAUUGCUCAGAUUUAAUUUAACAAAGCUACUCACACCGGCAGCCUCCGAGUCGCCUUCCCUUUAUCGCGAGGGUUGUUGAUUUUUGUCCGGCUUUUGAUGGGAAGAAUAGUCAAGAGAUAGCCCGUGUUUUAAGUGGAGCACAGGAUGGAUUUAUAAACCGUGUGAAGAUUGACUUAAGUGUGCCGAGGAGGCUGGGGGCGAUGGAGGCCCGAUGCUCUCAACCCCCCUUCCCUCCGCGUGUGAGGCAGGGUUUGUUGUUUGUCUGACCUGGAUAUUAGUCUGGAGUUGACCUGUUUGCACCAAAUGCCGCUCCCCUGCUCUGGCAUCACGACUGAACUGUAACAUCGCAUCAUAGCUCUUCCCUCCAGUUUCCAUCUAGUAUCGUGUCCAUCCCCCCCUCCGCCGCAGUCCCUCUCUCCUUCAGCGCUUCUCACCCAUCAUUCCCUGCUUCUAUGACGCUGGUUAUAUACUGUAGACUUUGCAGAGACCAUACACGUGCUACUGCAGGUUUAGCAUUCAGACCAGUUUUGUGCAUUCCAUCUUAAACUGUUUUGUUUUUGAUAAUUUUUUUUUUUGUUAUUUUUUAAAUAAAGAAAAUAAAGAUAUCAUAUACAUAUUGUCAUACACGUGUAUUCAGAACUCAGAAUACACACUCAGAUUAAGGACCUGAUAUCAUUUCCUGUUGCCCUGUUACAGCACUUCAAAUUGUACUUAUGAUUCUGCAGAUUCAAUAAAGUGUCAUUUUUUUCUCAGA